CAACAUCAAAUUCAUUUUUUGCUUUUGUUGUGGCCAUCUACCGUCUUCUUCCGCUCACUUCAACCUUCAUCGAUCUCUCUCUAUCUAAAAUGGCCAUGGAUUGGUUGAGAAAUGCUGUUCCAACAGGUGAAUUCAGCUUGAUUAUGCACUGAAUCUCUCUCCAUUUCUGUUUUUCCGUAUCUGCAACUUCUCUUAAUAGAUUUAAGUUGUUGUGACGUCUAUGUGUGUUCAGAGCUAAGCAAGUGCAGUAGAAUAGUACUGAACCACAGAAUUUUAAAAUUUUAUUGAAGGAAUUUUGAAUGCUGUAUGCAAUUCCAAUUAAAGUAAAGUUGCAUUGAUUUUGUGUCGCGCGCUCUCACACACACAGAGUAAAGGGGGGGAAAUGGGUUGUUGGUAUUCAAGGUUAGAGAGAGAGGAAAUGGUGUCUAGAUGUAAGGCUAGAAAGAGAUACAUGAAGCAGUUGGUGAAGGCAAGGCAUGCCUUUGCCGCCGCCCAUAGUAUGUAUAUAAGGUCCCUCCGCAACACCGGCUCCGCCCUUCUCCAAUUCGCCACGGCGGAGACUAGCCUCCACCACCACCACCUCCCGCCGUCAAACCCACCCCCGCCCCCUCCGCUUCCUAGCAAUCCACCUCCUCCAUUCAGCCCCAUGUCCUGGACCACCACCUCCACAACACCCUCCUCAGCUAUCCGUCCCCCACCUCCUCCUCCACCGGCCCCGUCAGCGUCCACCUGGGAUUUCUGGGACCCCUUCAUGCCGACCUCCAGGCGGCCAGAGAGCGAGGAGUGGGAGACCACUACUGCCACUGUUUCUGAGGCGACGGUCACCCACACCACCACGGUGGCUUCGCAAAAUGUGGCUGCCCCUCCUUCUGUGAUCACGGCCACCACCACCAACACCACCACCAACACCACCGCCAGCAGUGAGCUUGCGGUGGUGGUGUCGACGAAGGGUAAAGAUCUGGUCGAGAUCAUUCGAGAACUUGAUGACUACUUCUUGCAAGCUGCCAAUGCUGGUGGUCCACUCUCUGCUUUGUUGGAAGUUCCGGUUUGUAAUUUCAAUCGCCAAUCUUCAUUAGGUAAGGAUAACGGAUAUGGAAAGAGUUUGACUCCACUAUUAUGGAGUUGGGGUUCGGGCAGUGCAAAGUGGAAUGCGUUUGGAAAGUUCUGUGAGGAUCCUAUCGGAAACGCAGCUCAGGUUGCUGCCAAUGGAAAUGCCACCCACUGUUCAACCGUUGAGAGGUUAUAUGCCUGGGAGAAGAAACUUUUCCAGGAGGUUAAGAAUGCUGAGUAUUUGAAAUCAGAGCAUGAGAAAAGAGUGGCAGCUCUCAGGAAGCUAGAGAUGAAGAAUGCAGAGUAUAUCAAGAGUGAGAAGGCAAAAAAGGAAGUCGAGAAGUUGGAAUCGCAGAUGAUGGUAGCUGUCCAAGCGAUUGAGACUACCUCCAUAGAGAUUGUCAAAUUGAGAGAAUCUGAGCUUCAUCCUCAACUUCUUCAGCUCGUCAAGGGGUUAAUGAGCAUGUGGAGAAGCAUGUAUGAAUUCCAUCAAGUACAAACACACAUAGUCCAGCAGCUCAAAUACCUCAACUGCAUUCCGUCAACGUAUCCUACCACUGAAAUCCAUCGACAAUCAACACUUCAGCUUGAGCUCGAAGCCCAGCAGUGGCACCUCUCCUUCUGUAGCCUCAUCAAAGCUCAACGCGAAUAUAUUCAAUCCUUGACAGGCUGGCUCCGUCUCAGCCUAUUUCAAGUAGGUAACAAUCCCAUCAGCAAGUCCAAGCAUGGCUCCAUCAUGUACUCGUUCUGUGAAGAAUGGCAGCUUGCAAUGAACAACGCUCCAGACAACGUGGCAUCUGAGGGAAUCAAGAGUUUCCUAACAGUCAUCCACGCAAUUGUAGUGCAACAAGCGGAGGAACAAAAAGAGAAGAGGAAGUCAGAGUCGGUGUUCAAGGAGCUCGAAAAGAAGGCAGGCGAGCUCCGGUCGUUAGAGAGCAAGCACGGCCCAUCAUAUGCAAUGCCAGAAACCUCCGGUGACACAAGCAAGGAUCCCGUGAGAGAGAAAAGAGCCAAGGUGGAGGCCUUGAGGUCCAAGGCGGAGGAUGAGAAGGCCAAAUAUGAGAAGUCGAUCAGUGUGACAAGGGCGAUGACCAUGAACAACCUGCAGAUGGGUUUGCCUCACGUUUUUCAGGCGAUGACGGGAUUUGCCAAUGUGUGCACUCAAGCUUUUGAGUCCGUGAUCAACCAGUCCAAGAGCACUAAUGAUUUGCACAAUGUCAAGCUCUGAGGCAUAGUUCAACACCAUGUAAAAAAAAGGCUCAACCCCUACAAGGAAGGUCUGUUCUCUGCAAAUCACUUCUUCUCUGAGUGAUCAAAACGAUUUUCAGCUUGUGUAAUUAUUCUUUGCUAGUGUAGUAUUUAGGUGGCUAGAGUUAAAUUUUAGGUUUUUGCUUUGAAUUCAGUUGUGGAAUAUGGUGUUUCCGACCUGGAUUGUUCUUGUAUUUUUUACUUUUUUUUGUAUCAUUUUGAGAAGACAGAGAGAUCCAUUUCUUUGACAGUUUUGAAAAUUAUGCUCGAAUUCUUUUAA